AUGUCACGCUCACACCGCCUAGAUGCACUCAAGACCCACCGGCGAGAUCAGUUCAUCGAAUGGAUUAAAGGACUCCUCGCAGUACCCUUCGUACUGCUCUCACAACCUACAGCGAUCCAUGGAAAUGACAAGUCCAGCGUCGACGCCAUGGCGCACAACGCGCACAAGCGCUACUCAGAGAUCAUGGGAGAUGUUGAGGGAUUGAUUCUCGACCAUAUACAGCAGCAGAGGGCCGACCCUAGAAUCCCGUCAAAACUGAAGCUACUUGUACCUUCCGUUGGAACCUUCUUCACUGCAUUGCCACUUCGAGAUGCCUUCGCCUUCCAGGAUGAGCGGCGAUACAUCAGCUCAAGGCGCUUCGUGGCGCCAUCCUUCAACGACAUCCGCUUGAUUCUCAACACAGCGCAGGCGAUGUCGCUGGUCAGAAAUGGCAGACUGGAACUCGUGACCUUCGACGGAGAUUUAACACUCUACGACGACGGCGAUGUACUGCGACCAGACAAUCCUUGUAUCUCCAGGAUCCUGAAUCUACUGCACGGUGGGACCAGGAUAGCUAUUGUCACAGCGGCUGGGUACACCGAAGCGGAGAAGUAUUACGAACGGCUGUAUGGGCUACUGGACGCAGUCGCUGCAAGCGACAAUAAGGACGAAUUCGGGCACAAGCUCGUGGUAAUGGGUGGAGAAGCGAAUUUCAUGUUCGCCUACUCCUCACAAGCACCUCACAAACUCGAGUCCAUUCCAGCAAAAGACUGGCAGCUACCGGAAAUGCGGGCCUGGACAGAAGAGAACGUGAAAGCGCUACUCGAUGUUGCAGAAGCUGCCUUGGAAGACGCCGUGGCGUGCAUGAGGUUGCCGGUCAAGGUGCUGCGGAAGGAACGAGCAGUCGGCAUCUAUCCAGAAAAAGGCGUCAGGUUGAGCCGAGAGCAGCUUGAGGAGACUGUGCUGGUAGUGCAGCGUGUGCUCGAGAUGUCUGAUGCUGGGAAGAGAAUUCCUUUCUGUGCUUUCAAUGGCGGGAACGAUAUCUUCGUUGACAUUGGUGACAAAUCACUGGGAGUGAUGGCUUGCCAAAGGUUCUUGGGCGGCAUUGAUGGCAGUAGAACGCUGCACGUCGGCGACCAGUUUUUGAGCGCAGGAGCCAAUGAUUUCAAGGCCCGCCUCGCUUGCACCACAGCCUGGAUAGCCAGCCCGGCGGAGACUGUGCAGCUCCUCGAUGAGAUAGCCCAUCUGACAGCAAGCAAUUAA